UGAGGAAAGCAUUGUUAACUUUAUAAGUGAAAAAGCUAUCGCACGAAACAUAUUAUGACUGGCCGAAAUAAAAAAACCAGUGAAAUCCCCGUUUCACACAAGUCUUUUUCUGAAUUUUCUGUCACAUUACUGCAAAAGUCAUUGGACAUAACCAUGCCUACCCUGCAUUCUAGGCAGUAGGCUCCUAGUCCUAGAGUACAAAUCACCAUUACAUUUUUCUCACCCACCAAACCACUCUUCUCCACAAGUUCCACAAAUUUCUCAGCUCCUCUCAUAUUGCUUAUCUUAUGUAUUACAAUCUCAUCUCAAAUAUCUCCAGCCUUUGCCAGUAGCCACUGACACAAAGUAGCUAAAGAGUAAAUGGCAUACUUAUACACUCCAUGGCUCUUGUUCACUCAAAUCCUACUGCAAGUAGCAAAGUAUGAGGCUAAAGUUCCAGCUAUUAUUGUGUUUGGAGACUCAUCUGUGGACUCAGGAAACAACAACAGGAUCUCUACACUUCUGAAGAGUAAUUUCAAGCCAUAUGGGCGUGACUUUGCUGGUGGCCAGCCCACAGGAAGGUUCUCAAAUGGUCGAGUUCCUCCAGAUUUCAUCUCUGAGGCUUUUGGGCUCAAACCAUCUGUUCCUGCCUACUUGGACCCCAAAUAUGGGAUAUCAGAUUUUGCCACUGGUGUUUGCUUUGCUUCUGCUGGAACUGGCUAUGACACUGCAACUUCUGAUGUACUAAAUGUGAUACCUCUGUGGAAAGAAGUGGAGUACUAUAAGGAGUACCAGAACAAAUUGAGAGCCUAUCUUGGCAAGGCCAAGGCAAAGAAAAUUUUGACAGAGGCUUUAUAUUUGAUAAGCUUAGGAACAAAUGACUUCCUGGAAAACUACUACACAAUACCCACCCGGCAAAUGGAAUUCACAGUCCAACAGUAUGAGGAUUUCCUUAUUGGACUUUCUGAAAAUUUCAUCAGGGAAAUCUACAGUCUUGGGGUCAGAAAAAUAUCUCUAACUGGGCUUCCUCCAAUGGGGUGUCUGCCAUUAGAGAGAGCCAGAAAUUUCAUGGCUAAUCAUGAUUGUGUGCAGGAACAUAACAAUGUGGCUGUGGAAUUUAAUGGGAAGUUGAGCAAUAUGGUGGCAAAGCUGAAUCAAGAGCUUCCAGGCCUUAGAAUUCUGUUUACAGACAAAAUAUAUCAGCUGUUCUAUCAAAUCAUUAAAAGGCCUUCCUCAUAUGGAUUUGAGGUUGCUGAGGUGGCAUGCUGUGCUACUGGGACAUUCGAAAUGAGCUACCUCUGCAAUGAGAAUAACCCAUAUACAUGCAAAGAUGCAAAUAAGUACGUAUUCUGGGAUGCCUUCCAUCCUACGGACAAAACAAAUAAGAUUCUUGCAGCCUCUUUGAUUGGCAUUCUUCGAGAAACCUUCAAGUGAUUUUGUGUAUAUUCUUUGUCUCUCUGAAGAAAAAUGCUUUCUUCAUUGGCAGUAAAAAAAAAAAGGUAGUGUGUGGGGUUCUGUUGGUUGUUUUGCAUUCUAUGUUAGAUCAUCUACGUGUGUAAACAUCAUGAUUAUUGUUUCUCCUCAACUAUUUGUUCCUCACAGAUCGAUUGAUGAUCUGAAUUUGUAUUAAAUUGGGUUUGAAAUGUUAAUGUAUGAUCUGAUAUUUCUUAUGA